GCUCGCGAGUACUUGAGUAUCAUCAAUUCGACGCAAAAGGGAACGCUUUGUUAUCUCUCUCUCUCUAACUUUGUUCUUUCCAAUUUCUCGAAAUUUCAGCCAACAAUUUUCACAUUUAAUCAGCCGCCAUUUGAGGUUGUUCACUCUCUCACUAGCUCUUUAUGCUCUCUGUGUGUAUAUGUAGAUUUAAUUAUGUGUAUUUAUAUCCAUUUUUAUUGAUGGUGAUUUUGUCUGUAAAUUUGUUACACGCGGCGUUCCUUGGAUUUCGGGAUACGUUAAUUGGAAGUUCUUCUUAUUUUUUCUUUUUCUUUUUUGAAUUUGAAAUUGUUUGAAUAUAUUUGGAUUGUAUUUGGUAAGUACAGGCUGUAUCGUUGAAUUUAUUUACUUUGAAAAUGAUAGUUUGAUUCGAUUCAUUAAUUAGAUAUUUGAAAUAUUAAUCAGAUAAGUUUGGUUUUACUGUGUCUAUUCUUAUACUCCAGAAAUUAUAUUCUCUAACGGUCACUUCGUUGCUUAUCGCUGGGAGUGAAAGAGUAGCAAUUUAUCUGUUGGCAAUUCUCAUGAUAAAUAUUAGUCGUUGGAGCUGAAGGCAUAAAGAUGAAGAAGCUCUUUUCGUUUAGAUCAAAUGCAUCUAAUGGCAAAAACAAUAAUCAAGUCUCACCACCAUCAACAGAUAAGCAAGUUUACUGGGAGAGACCAAGAGAAAGUAUUAACAAUCCCAGAAAAGAAAAACAUGGCUCAGAAAAUCAGGUUUUUGGUACUGCUCCUUGUCUUAGAAGAAGCCUUUCAUAUUCAUCUGGAGCCCUACACUAUGGGAAUUUUGCCGAUCCAAGUGGCUCACCUCGUAGUACCAGUAAUUCGCACAAGCAAUCUGGUCAACAUUCCACCCGUUGUCGUACUCCAACUCCUGAGAGACAAUCCUGGAAAAAAAAAUUUGAAGUGGGCAAGGUACGAAAUGAGCAGAGAGUGGGAAAAUCAGGUAGUGUUGCUUCGCGAGAACAUUCUGAUAUAUCUGAGGCCUCUUCAUAUGGCUCCAGUAAUGUAUCAAAUAAAGUUUUGGAUCGUUACAUUGAUGGAGAACAACAGAUGGAUACGAGUGCUUCAAUGACCCAUUUUUCCACAAGAAAUCACAUUGACAAUGGCAACUCUGGGAGAAUGCGGCCACCAAGAGUUCAAUGUACUGCACCUAUUUCACCAAGUGAUGGCAGGAAACAGAAACCAAAGUCUCAAUCCUUCAGAGAAGCAAAAGUAUCUCGGCUUCAGUUGUCAUCUGGAGAUUGGGAGGAGAAUGGCUUUUGCCGAGAGUCCCCUAGAAAACUUGCAAAGAAUGUAGUUGAGAGACUUACCCAAUCUCGACUUUUGUCUAAUAUUAGGUCAAAAGAAUAUGACUCGGAGACCCCAAUCACUAUAGAAGAUAUCUAUAGCAGAACCUUCAAUGAAAGUCCCAGUGCGUAUUCAGAUGAAGUUUCUACAAAAAACUGCACGCUAGACGGGCAUCCUGAGACUACUGGUGGAUAUCAUCAUGAAGAAACUUUAGGACUCUCAGAGAGAGAGACUUCUUUUGGUGGUAAAGAUGGGUCUGCACUAAAUGUCGAGGCUAUAGAUGAUACAGAUAUUGAACUUUUUAGAAAAUUCAAGGAAGCUGAAGACCGUGCUGCAUACCUAUCAGAAGAACUUGAGCAGGAAAACUUUUUUCAGGUCAGAGGGUGCAAUGUGCCAGUGUUGAUUCAGACAAUUAGAAGCCUAACAGAGGAAAAGGUAAAAAUGGCCUUUGAGGUUUCAGCUGUCCUACAGGACCGGAUUGCUGAAAAGGCCUUAUUUAGGGAAGAGCUCAAACUAGCAAGUGAAGAGGCAAGCACACAGACCCGGAGAUUGGAGAAGGAAAAGCAUGAGUUGCAGUUGGCACUUGAAAAGGAAUUGGACAGGAGAUCAAUUGAGUGGUCCCACAAACUUGAAAAAUAUCAGUCUGAAGAACACAGACUUCGAGAGAGGGUUAGGGAGCUCGCAGAGCAAAACGUUUCCCUUCAAAUGGAAGUAUCUUCCUUCAGUGAAAGGGAAAUGGACACUAGAACCAGAAUUACUAAUUCAGAGAAACAGCUUGAGAGUAUAACAACUCAAGUCAAUGAAGCUAGAGAAGAAAAGCAAUAUUUACAGAAAAAUCUUAUUGAACUGCAAGACAAAUUUAGAGCAGCAGAAGAAGAUCGAGAUUGCUUUCGAAGCAACUAUGAGGCGAAAACUGUUGAGUGCAAGGAUAUGCAUAGAUCCAUCAGUAGAUUGCAAAGGACCUGUAGAGAUCAAGAGAAAACAAUUGAUGGAUUGCGAGGGCUUUGUGAAGAUCUUAGAAAGAAAGUUUCUUUAGAGAACUGUGAUUUUGAGUUUGCAAAGCUGCAAGUGGAACAUAUGAGAUUGACUGGAGUGGAGCAUGCCCUGAGAAAAGAGGUGGAAUCUUACAGGCUUGAAGUCGAUUCACUUAGGCGUGAGAACAUAGAUCUAUUGAAUCGUCUGAAAAAUGGUGGGAAAGAUGGUGCAACUUUAACUUUUAAGUUAGAUCGAGAACUACAGAAUCGUAUUAGCUGCUUGCUAAAUCAAGUGCUUCCAUCUUUUAAGGAGAGCAGCCAACUUUCUAGGAAGUUACUUGAAUAUAUAAAAGCCAAUACAGGACGCACACUGAAAAGUGGACAUGGUUCUGAGACAGGUUUAGAUUGCCAAUUUAUUCUUGAAUGUGAAGUGAAGCUUCAAGGUUUUGAGCGGGCCAAUGAAAACUUGACGAGGAGUGUGCAGACUAUCUCCAGUGUGCUGUAUGCAAAAUCCACGAAGUUGCAUGACACUCUUGGCUCAGUAACCAUGGAAACUCAAUCAUCCACUCUAGAUGAUGAGUCAUAUAAACUAGAUGAUCGGAAAUCAGAGGAGAUAAUCCGAUCCGAGUUAAAAGCAGAGACCUUGUUGACAAGUUUGUUGCGUGAGAAGCUUUAUUCCAAAGAGCUCGACAUGGAGCAACUUCAAGCUGAGCUGGCUGCUGCAGUCAGAGGUAAUGACAUACUCAAAUGCGAAGUGCAAAAUGCAUUGGAUAAUUUUUCUUGUGUAAACCACAAGAUGAAAGAUCUUGAAAUUCAGAUGAUGAAGAAGGAUGAUAUUAUUAAUCAGCUCCAAACUGAUUUGCAAGAAUGUAAGAAAGAACUGACAAUUGCAGGGGGAAUACUACCAAAAGUAUCCGAAGAGAGGGAUUUAAUGUGGGAGGAGAUUAAGCAAUAUAGUGAGAAGAACAUGUUACUGAAUUCUGAGAUCAAUAUGUUGAAAAAGAAGAUAGAAACCCUCGAUGAAGAUAUACUCAUGAAAGAAGGCCAAAUCACUAUUUUGAAAGAUACCAUAGGCAAACCUUUUGAUCUUCUUGCCAGUCCGGAUUCUACUCGAGACUUUCUACUGGCGUGAUCAAUGAUUCAUAUUGAAUUGAAGGAAUUCAAGUUGAAUGACGAUUCACGUAAUUUAGAGGAAUUUGGUAUGCAGUAAUGUACAAUAUAAUGGACAAAAUUUUAGCUUCUUUUAUGAAUAGGUCAUAACAUUUUAUAUCUAUAGGUUUCUUUCUUUGGGUUGGUUUUGUUUUCCUUCGAAAGUUGAAGCUUGUCUCAUAGCAACUGUGAAAUAAAACCGUAUUGGAUUGUUUGUCAACUUUACAGUAAUUGUGAUUCCAUGGGAUUUGGCAUUUUCA